AGGUGUGAGCGGGGUUAUACACACUUUCUGUUCCACUCCCCGUUGACUGGACGGCCCAGCUCCCGAGGCACAAUCUACAUGACCUCCUCGAGGCCUCGCGGGGUCAUGGCGGCCGCUAUGGCGCCGCUGCUGGUGGUCGUGGGCCUAAUGUGUCAUGCAGUCGCGGCCCAGGUGGAGGAGGAGGCCGUCUCCAAUGCCCUCACGGCAGCGGACAUCAUCAGGCUCGGGGAUGAAGACAACGACAUGAUCAUCGGCGUGGCUGGCACCGACUACCCGACCUACGCCCAGGUGCCAGAAACCUCCUUCAGGUGUGAGGACCAGGUAUCGCCAGGUUAUUACGCCGAUCCAGAGACCCAGUGCCAGGUAUUCCAUAUCUGCGUGGCUUACCAGGAGCAGCGGCUGCGGCAGUACUCCUUCCUAUGUCCAAACGGCACCGUUUUCAGCCAGCAGUACCUCGUGUGUGUUUGGUGGUACGAUUUCGACUGCUCUCUCGCCGUUUCCUAUUACGAUGCCAACGCAGAGAUCUUCGCCGAGUUUCCUGCCCCCGCUCCCUCAUCUCUCCAGCGAGGAACUUCUGUACCUGCUAACGAGGCGUUCUCGGCGGCAGGAGAGCUUGCUUCACAGCGAUCACAGUUUGGUCCGAUCGACGGAAGUUCUGAAGCACCUGCAGAACAGCCAUUCCCGGCCACGGAACAGCAGCCUGGAUUUGCAGGUCGGGAAUCAGAUGUUUCCGGCGAAAGGCUUAGCGCGACGCGAGACUCCCCAGGUGAGGUGGUCCCUCCAUCAAGCCUUGCUAGGGAGAGGCCUCAAGAAAGCAGCGAUUCGGUCAGUCUUCAAGGGGACAAUAUAAGUACUCUCAGACAAGCCUCGAGUGGUUUUGGUCUCGGAGGAAUUCAGGGAUCCUUGCAACCAGCCCAGAGCCAAAGGGAAUUUAGCUCUGGGACUGAUCAAGGAUUAGGCCGUGACAGUGGUGAGGAGUACGCGACAGGGGGACGUGAUACAGAGGAUACAGAGGAAAGGUUUGGUUCUAGUCCAUUACAACAAGAUCAAGAUGGGCAAUCGGUACACCAAGUAGAUCAGCCUCAAGAAGAAAGAAAUUACAGGGGUGAUCAAAAUUUUGAAGGGCGAGGUGCAGAUCGAGAACAAGGUCUUGGCUUGGAUCAGAGGCUAUUCGAGAUAGAGUUAGAGCAAAGGGAGGGAGAAACCAGAUCCGACCCUCGUGGAGGAGGCCUUAGCACGAUUCAGGUUCAAGACGAACUUGGACUUGAAGUACAAAAGGAAUAUGGCUUACCUCAAGGACAAGGGGAACAAAAGAAUGCUGAAUUUGAAAUCACUGCAGGACAAGGUCCUUUUGAUUCCACUCAAGGACAAGCGGGAGUGGACUUCACUCAAGACCAAGGAAGUUUCGACACCACUCAAGGACAAGCAGGAGUGGGCUUCACUCAAGACCAAGAAAGUUUCGACACCACUCAAAGACAAGCAGGAGUGGGCUUCACUCAAGACCAAGAAAGUUUCGACACCACUCAAAGACAAGCAGGAGUGGGCUUCACUCAAGACCAAGAAAGUUUCGACACCACUCAAAGACAAGCAGGAGUGGGCUUCACUCAAGACCAAGAAAGUUUCGACACCACUCAAGGGCAAGCAGGAGUGGCCUUCACUCAAGACCAAGAAAGUUUCGACACCACUCAAGGACAAGCAGGAGUGGGCUUCACUCAAGACCAAGAAAGUUUCGACACCACUCAAGGACAAGCAGGAGUGGGCUUCACUCAAGACCAAGAAAGUUUCGACACCACUCAAGGACAAGCAGGAGUGGGCUUCACUGAAGACCAAGGAAGUUUCGACACCACUCAAGGACAAGCAGGAGUGGGCUUCACUGAAGACCAAGGAAGUUUCGACACCACUCAAGGACAAGCAGGAGUGGGCUUCACUGAAGACCAAGGAAGUUUCGACACCACUCAAGGGCAAGCAGGAGUGGGCUUCACUGAAGACCAAGAAAGUUUCGACACCACUCAAGGGCAAGCAGGAGUGGGCUUCACUCAAGACCAAGGAAGUUUCGACACCACUCAAGGACAAGCAGGAGUGGAUUUCCCUCAAGGUCAAAGAAGUUCUGACGUCACUCAAGGACAAGGAGGGUUUGACUCAGAGCAGGGACAAGGAUUCAAGUCUCCUCAAGAACAGGAGAGAUACGACCAUACCCAGGGGCAAGGAAGCUUUGACUCCACUAAGGAGCUAGUAGGGUUUGACUCAACUCAAGGGCAAGACAAGCCUGACUUUAGUCAAGGACAAGUACAGAAGGACACUCAGGUGCAGGUACAGUCAGGUUCCGCUCAAGGUGAGUUGGGAUUAGACUUAACUCAAAGACAGGAAAAUUACGACUCUCAAGAACAAACACGUUCUGAUGUUCCUCAAGGGCAACGAUUCAACUCUUCUCCAGAGCAAGGGCAAGAAUAUGAAUAUAAUCAAGUACAAGCAGAGCUUGGACCCACCCAAGGACAAGAAAGUUUUGACUUCGUUGAAGGACAAGUACGACUUGAUACUACGGAAGGACAAGUACAAUUUGGGUCUCAUGAACAACAAGUCGGAUUCGAUUCUACCCAAGAGAAAGGAAGUCUGGAUGCCACUCAAGAGCAACCAGGAUUCGACGCUAUUCAACAACAAGCAGGAGUUGACUCCAUUCGAGGACAAACAGAACUGGACACCAAUCAAGGACAAGUAGGCUUUGACUCUCUUCAAGAACAAGUAGGAUCCAACUCUCUUCAGGGGCAAAUAGGUUCCAUUUCCACUCAAGGGCAAGAAAACUUUGAUUCUUCUCGAGGCCAAGGAUAUCAAGCAGAAAGCCAAACAGGAAUUGACCCCACCCAGAGGCACCAAGAAACAAGCCCUGUCCACGGGGCUGAGGACACUCAAACGCGGCAAGGCCCUGCUCCAUCACGAGGGCAAGUAGGAUUCGACGCUAAUCAAGGCCAAGCGGGAACUGACGCUACUCAAAGCCAAGCCGGAUUCGACACUGUCCAAACCAAAACAGGAUUCGACGCUACCCAAAGUCAAGCGGGUUUCGAUUCUUCCCAAGGUCAAGCAGGAUUCACCGACAUUAUCAAUCAGACAGGCUCUGCUCGAGGGCAAGAAGGCUAUGACUACACUACAGGGCAAGCAGGAUUCGACGCUACACAAGGGCAAGUAGAAUUCGAUGUUACUCAAGGACAAGCAGGAUUAGAUGUUACUCAAGGACGAGUUGAAUUCGACGCUACUCAAGGACAAUCAGGAUUUGAAUUUACUCAAGCAGGAUUCGACUCUACUCCAGGGCAGGCAGGAUUCGACUCAACUCAAGGGCAAGCAGGAUUCGACUCUACUCAAGGGCAAGCAGGAUUCGACUCUACUCCAGGGCAAGCAGGAUUCGACUCAACUCAAGGGCAAGCAGGAUUCGACUCAACUCAAGGGCAAGCAGGAUUCGACUCUUCUCAAGGGCAAGCAGGAUUCGACUCUACUCAAGGGCAAGCAGGAUUCGACUCAACUCAAGGGCAAGCAGGAUUCGACUCUACUCAAGGGCAAGCAGGAUUCGACUCAACUCAAGGGCAAGCAGGAUUCGACUCUACUCAAGGGCAAGCAGGAUUCGACUCAACUCAAGGGCAAGCAGGAUUCGACUCUACUCAAGGGCAAGCAGGAUUCGACUCAACUCAAGGGCAAGCAGGAUUCGACUCUACUCAAGGGCAAGCAGGAUUCGACUCAACUCAAGGGCAAGCAGGAUUCGACUCUACUCAAGGGCAAGCAGGAUUCGACUCAACUCAAGGGCAAGCAGGAUUCGACUCUACACAAGGGCAAGAAGGAUUUGACUCAACCCAAGGGCAAGCAGGAUUCGAUGAUACUCAAGGGCAACCAGGAUUCGACGCUACUCAAGGGCAAGCACUAUUCGACGCUACUCAAGGGCAAGCACUAUUCGACGCUACUCAAGGGCAAGCAGAAUUCGACGCUACUCAAGGGCAAGCACUAUUCGACGCUACUCAAGGGCAAGCAGAAUUCGACGCUACUCAAGGGCAAGCAGAAUUCGACUCUACUCAAGGGCAAACAGGAUUCGACUCUACUCAAGGACGAGUAGAAUUCGGCGCUACUCAAGGGCAAGCAGGAUUCGACUCUACUCAAGGACGAGUAGAAUUCGGCGCUACUCAAGGGCAAGCAGGAUUCGACGCUACUCAAGGGCAAGCAGGAUUCGAUGCUACUCAAGGGCAAGCAGGAUUCGACGCUAUUCAAGGGCAAGCAGGAUUCGACGCUUCUCAAGGGCAAGCAGGAUUCGACGCUACUCAAGGACAAGUAGAAUUCGACGCUACUCAAGGGCAAGCAGGAUUCGACGCUACUCAAGGACAAGCAGAAUCCGACACUACUCAAGGGCAAGCAGGAUUCGACGCUACUCAAGGGCAAGCAGAAUUCGACUCUACUCGAGGGCAAGAAGGAUUCGACUCUACUCAAGGGCAAACAGGAUUCGACGCUACUCAAGGGCAAACAGGAUUCGACUCUACUCAAGGGCAAGCAGGAUUCGACUCUACUCAAGGGCAAGCAGGAAUCGACGCUACUCAAGGGCAAACAGGAUUCGACUCUACUCAAGGGCAAGCAGGAUUCGACUCUACUCAAGGGCAAGCAGGAUUCGACUCUACUCAAGGGCAAGCAGGAUUCGGCUCUACUCAAGGGCAAACAGGAUUCGACUCUACUCAAGGGCAAGCAGGAUUCGACUCUGCUCAAGGGCAAACAAGAUUUGACGCUACUCAAGUGCAAGCAGGAUUCGACGCUACUCAAGGGCAAGCAGGAUUCGACUCUACUGAAGGGCAAGCAGGAUUCGACGUUACUCAAGUGCAAGCAGGAUUCGACGCUACUCAAGGGCAAACAGGAUUCGACGCUACUCAAGGGCAAGCAGGAUUCGACGCUACUCAAGGGCAAGCAGGAUUCGACGCUACUCAAGGGCAAGCAGGAUUCGACGCUACUCAAGGGCAAGCAGGAUUCGACGCUACUCAAGGGCAAGCAGGAUUCGACGCUACUCAAGGGCAAGCAGGAUUCGACGCUACUCAAGGGCAAGCAGGAUUCGACACUACUCAAGGGCAAGCAGGACUCGACUCUACUCAAGGACGAGUAGAAUUCGGCGCUACUCAAGGGCAAGCAGGAUUCGACGCUAUUCAAGGGCAAGCAGGAUUCGACUCUACUCAAGGACGAGUAGAUUUCGGCGCUACUCAAGGGCAAGCAGGAUUCGACGCUACACGAAGUCAAGCGGGUUUCGGUUCUUCCCAAGGCCAAGUAGGAUUCACCGACAUUAUCAGCCAGGCUGGCUCUGUUCGAGGGCAAAAAGGCUAUGACUACACUCCAGGGCAAGCAGGAUUCGAUGCUACUCAAGGACAAGCAGGAUUCGAUGCUACUCAAGGACAAGCAGGAUUCGAUGCUACUCAAGGACAAGCAGGAUUCGAUGCUACUCAAGGACAAGCAGGAUUCGAUGCUACUCAAGGACAAGCAGGAUCCGAUGCUACUCAAGGACAAACAGGAUUCGACGCUACACAAGGGCAAGCAGGAUUUGAUGCUACUCAAGGACAAGCAGGAUUCGAUGCUACUCAAGGAGAAGCAGGAUUCGAUAUUAGACAAGGGCAAGCAGGAUAUGUGACUCCUCAAGGACAAGCGAGUUCAGGGGUCGGUUUAGGGCAGGCUAGUGUUGAUUCAUCUCAAGGGCAGAGCGGGCUUGGGUUCAUACAGACACAGCAAAAGUUGGGCCCCACCCAAGGUCUAGGAGUUGGACAAGAAGAAUAUGGAUCGGACGGAAGACAACAUGGACUCCAAUCUUUCCAAGGGCAGGGUGACAGCGGUUCUUCUCAAGGAGACUUCAACCUAGACCCGGUGCAGGAAGGCCAAGAAUAUGGUCCAGGGCAAGGCCAAGGAAUAAGUGAUCAAGUCCAAACGGAACAGACUCAUCAGUCCGGGCUAGACCAAGGUGUUCCUGCUCCUGCUGUGGGAGCAGACUUGCAGGAUGAACAAUUAACAACUCUGCUUCUUGGAGUUGAGCAGAGUGAGACUAGGGGAGGUGGGAGCCAAUUUGGCCCAAGUGAGACCCCAGAUCAAGUCCAAGACUCUUUUGGAUCUGUUUCGGGACAAUCUCAGUUCAAUUUCCUUCCCGGCCUUACCCAAGGUACCAAUACCGAUUCAAAGCUGACAGGACAAGAUGAUACAAGUCAACGCGUUUUUGGUGGAGCCCAGCGGGAGUCGCACCAGGACGAAGAGGGAUACAGUUACCCGGUGCCCAGUACAAGUCUCUCCACUCAGACAGGAACCCACUCGGAUACUGAUGUAAACCUCCUUUCCAAUGUACAGUCAGACAUCUUGAGUGAUCGAGGUAACGUAAGAAAUGAAAUCGAUGUUAACGCUCCUGGUCUCUUCAGUGAAGUCGAACAACCUAAAAGUGGAAUCUCUUUCACAGGAAGUCAGGGUGCGGGCAGUCGCCAAGACCUUCCCCUCAGUGGCACCCAAGAUAUUAUCCCUACUAACGUUCAAGACCCGAUCAUCGGUGGUAUUCAAGGCACCUCCAUAACUGGACGUACAGAAACAUCAUCAUCUGGUCUUCGGGACACUUCUGUUUGCACCCACGACACUACCUCUGGUCUACGUGACACCAACACUGCUACGCACAUCACUACCACCACAACUGACACUGGAAUUUUUGGUCCCAAUACAUUACAGACUCCUGAUUUGCUACUUAUUACCGGCGAGGACAACAACGCCUUAGUGAACGAUGGAGAUGGAAUUAUACUAUUUUCAACAAUCCAAGAACAGACACACAGCCGUGGGCAGGUUCUAACAAGUCAAGAGCAGAAGCACGGCAUCCAAGAUCAAUUCCUCACUGGCCAGGAGCAGACACACAGUCGGGGGCAGCUUCAAGCAGGUCAGGAACAAGCACAGGGCCAGGAGCAAUAUUUUACAGGCCAAGAACAAAUACAGAGCCAGGGGCAGUCUACUACAGGCCAGCAACAAAUACAGAGCCACGGGCAGUCUAUUACAGGCCAGGAACAAAUUCCGGGUCAGGGCCAGUUUUUACCAGGCGAGGAACAGACACGGAGCCAAGGACAAUUUAUUACAAGCCAAGACCAGACACACAGUGAUCAGGGCCAGUUCUUAUCAAGUCAAGGAGAAAUACAUGGAAGCGAGGGACAAACACGUAGCAGUGAUGGACAGAUAGGCAUCAACCAGCAACAUAUGCAAACAGGCCAAGAACAAACAGGACAAACAGGACAAACACUCGGCAUUCUGGGGCAAAUGCUCACCAGUCUAUUGAACACACAAAUCAAUAGUGGGCAGUUUGCAGGAGAAGAGGGACAGAUGGGACAAACAGGAACACUCGGCAUUCAGGGUCAACUCGCAAGGGAACAAGAGCAAACAGAACAAGGAUACGACCAGACUCCUGUUUUAACAGAUAACAGACAGACAACACAAACACACGACAACCAAGGGCAGUUUGUAACAGGCCAAGAGCAACCAGAA